AUGGAGAGCCCAACCAAUAGUUUUUCAGAUAAGGACUCUGAGGAAGAGAGGAUAUAUGAAAGCUUAGACAGUACUGGAGUUUUCAAACGUUUCCUGGAUCAACAGGUCAGACCCUAUAUUGACCUCAUUGACACUCUGAGGACUAUUGGCAUCGACCAAGACCUAUCUCUGCCUUCUAUUGCUGUUGUUGGAGAUCAGAGUUCUGGGAAGAGCUCUGUAUUGGAAGCAUUGUCUGGGGUGGCUUUGCCAAGAGGAAGUGGCAUUGUCACACGCUGUCCCCUUGAGCUUAAACUACGGAAACUGAAAAGAGGGCAAUGGAGAGCAACCAUCUCAUACGGAAGCUUUGAGGAAAGUUUUGAUGACCCAUCUGAGGUUGAGGCUCGUGUUAGGAAAGCCCAGAAUGACCUGGCUGGAGAUGGGGUGGGGAUUUGUGAGGACUUGAUCAGUUUAGAGAUCAUGUCACCUGAUGUGUGUGAUCUUACACUAAUUGAUCUACCUGGCAUAACAAGAGUGCCUGUAAAGGGUCAACCAGAGGACAUUGGAGACCAGAUCAAACGUCUCAUACUGAAAUAUGUUACAAAAUCUGCAACAAUCAUUUUGGUUGUUGUACCCUGUAAUGUUGACAUAGCAACAACAGAGGCACUCAGAAUGGCCCAGGAAGUGGACCCUGACGGAAACAGGACUCUUGCAAUCUUAACCAAACCAGACCUGAUUGACAAAGGAGUAGAAACUGAUGUUUUAAACAUUGUCCAGGGUAAAAUUAUUCCUCUCAGCAAAGGAUACAUCAUUGUGAAAUGCCGCGGUCAAAGUGACAUCAAUGACAAAAUCACUCUGGCUGAGGCUGUGCAGAUCGAGAAAGAAUUCUUCAGUACCCACAGAUACUUUAGCACACUUCUAAAUGAACAAAAAGCCACCACACAUUGCUUGGCAAGACGGCUCACUCAGGACCUUGUUGACCACAUAAAGAAAUCACUGCCACACCUUGCACAGCAAAUUCACGCUAGCUUACUCAAUGUGAAAGGACAACUGAAGGAGUAUAAUGAAGGUCCUCCUACAGACCUUAGGCUAAUGGGACCAUUUCUGAGUCAAAUGAUAAUUGACUUUGGUGAUCAGAUUGAGGAGUUAAGUAGAACCGGGGAGUCGAAACAAAAAAACCUUUAUGCACACAUGCGUCCUGUCUUCAAGCAGUGGGAGAGUUACCUCAGUGCCACCAAACAGUCAUUCAGGGAACAAAUGAAAGAGAUGGUAGAAAAGUAUGACGAGUCGCAUCGUGGUCGAGAAUUGCUAACAUUCAGUGACUAUGGUGCCUUUGAGGGUGCACUGAAAAGUCAUGUGAAGACUCUUGAGAUACCAGCAAUAGACACAAUGAGGCUCAUUAGAGGUAUUGUUCAGAGGGAGUUUAAGAAAGUGUGUGAUGUAUGUUUUGAAGACUACCCUCAACUGCGAUAUAUAGCAUCGAAUAAGAUUGAUGACAUCCAGUCAAAACAAGAAGUUGAAGUGGAGAAGAGAAUUAAGGAAUUCAUUAAAAUGGAGUGUUUAAUGGUCACCCAAGACUCCAUCUUUGUAGACAAACUGAACAACUCAGAAAUUAUAAAAAAGUUGCAUGAGGGUAAGAAAGACUCCAGUUCUGGAGAAUUGGAUACCAGGGGCCUGAUACCCGACAAGCUUGUUAUCUACUACGAUAUUGUUUACCAGCGGCUGGCGGAUUACGUGCCAAUGCUGAUUCAACUGUUCAUGCUCAAAGAGCCAGCUAAAGUCCUACGGAACCAGAUGAUGGAGCUGAGAGGUGGGGCUGAUGUGGUCAAGCUGCUGACUCAGGACUCAGAGAGAGGCCGCAAGAGAGUAGAACUGAUAAGACGUCUGGAUCGUUUGAAACAGGCUCAGGAGAGGAUCAGUCAGGCACUAUACAUAGGGUCAGAGGGAAAAGCAUUAUUCCUAAACCAAUGGGAGGCACAGGUCCGCCCCUACAUAGAGAUGAUUGACUAUCUACGGCGUAUAGGCAUCGAGAAGGAUUUGGCUUUGCCAUCAAUCGCUGUAGUUGGUGACCAGAGUUCUGGAAAGAGCUCAGUUCUGGAAGCACUUUCGGGUGUUGCACUCCCCAGAGGAAGUGGUAUUGUAACCCGCUGUCCGCUUGAGCUGAAAUUGCGCAAGCUCAGCAAAGCGGGGGAAUGGACGGCGGUUAUCUCAUACGGGAAUGUACAAGAGACGUUCCAUGACCCCUCAAAAGUUGAAGGUUUUGUCCGGCGAGCCCAAAAUGAGCUGGCGGGAGACGGGGUAGGGAUCUGUGAUGAACUGAUCAGUUUGGAGAUCACGUCUCCUGAUGUAUGUGAUCUCACACUAAUUGAUCUACCUGGCAUAACCAGAGUACCUGUAAAAGGUCAACCAGAGGACAUUGGAGACCAGAUCAGACAUCUCAUUCUGAAAUUCAUUGAGAAGAGAGAAACUAUCAAUUUGGUUGUGGUUCCCUGCAAUGUGGACAUAGCAACAACAGAAGCUCUGAGAAUGGCGCAGGGAGUGGAUCCUGACGGAUCAAGGACUUUAGCAAUACUGACUAAGCCAGAUUUGGUGGACAAAGGUGCUGAGACAGACAUCUUGCAGAUUAUUGAGGGCAAAGUAGUUCCUCUGAAGAAGGGUUACAUUAUGGUCCGAUGUCGUGGCCAGAGUGACAUAAAUGAGCAAAUUUCAUUAGAAGAGGCCACAAGACUGGAAACAGAGUUCUUCAGGAGCCACAGUCACUUCAGCUAUCUUCUGGAUCAACAGAAAGUGUCAACAAACUGUCUUGCCACCAGGCUGACUAAAGAACUCGUUGAACACAUAAAGUCAUCAUUGCCAAGCCUCACAGAACAGAUUCAGAUACGACUGUCAGCAGUGAAAAUGGAACUGAGAAAUUGUGGCCAGGGUCCGCCCAUGGAGAAAGAGAAGAUGGGCCCCUAUCUAAGCAAAAAAAUGUUGGAGUUCAGUGACCAGAUCAGUGAGCUGUGCAGAACUGGGGAGUCAAGUGACAAGAACAUAUAUUCUCUGCUGAGACUUGUGUUCAAACAGUGGGAGCUGAACCUGAGAGAUUCAAAAGUUGCAUUUAGGACAGCUAUAAAGGAGAUGACAGAAAAAUAUGAUGAGGUGUAUCGUGGGAGAGAGCUGGUGACCUUUAGUGACUACUGUGUAUAUGAAUCUACAAUAAAGAAACAUGUGGAGGAUCUUAAACACCCAGCUUUGCAGACACUUAAGCUGGUUAGAGAUAUUGUGCAGAAGGAGUUUAAGGAUCUGUGUGAGAUCUGUUUUCAAAACUUCCCUCAACUGAGAUACAUAAUCGUGAAUCAGAUUGAUGAAAUUCAGUCAAAGCAAGAGAGCAAGGUGGAGAAGAGGAUCAGAGAGUACAUCAACAUGGAGAAGCUUGUAUAUACCCAGGAUCCCAUCUUCACGCAGAAGAUGGUCGACUUUCAGUUUGUGGAACGGAUUCAGGAGUAUGAGUCAACUGCUUUAGACAAGGGAGAAAAUGCUGCUUCCCCUAAUAACUGCGCAGUUUUCGAUACCAGGAAGCUUACUCCUGAGAAGCUUAUUAUCUAUUACGAGAUUGUGUACCAGCGGCUGGCGGACUUUGUGCCCAUGCUCAUCUUGCUCUUCAUGCUGAAGGAAUCGGCCGGGAUGCUGCGUGCUCAUUCCAUGGACAUGCGGGACGGAGCCGACGCAGUGAAGCUGCUCAUGGAGGACUCAGAGGCAGGCCACAGAAGAACGGAACUCUACCAGCGCCUGGAGCGUCUGCGGCAGGCUCAAGAUAAGAUCAGCAUCAACCUCUGA